CAGUUCGUCGAUCGCCAGAGUGUCGUCGCCAAGACGGCGGGCUGCGAGACGCACUUCGAGCCUGCGGCGCACCCCGUCGUGGUCAACGGCGUGGGGAAGGGUGGCCAGCAGGCUGCGCACCAGGCAGUUGUACCGAUCCAACUUAAUGAAGAACCCGCUGAGUUUCGAGCCCCUUGUCUCAUGGGCGACGGAGCUGGCGUUCCGGCCCUGCGGGGCCUACGAUCGCAGAGACAGUCACGCGCCAUCAUCGACACCGGCGGCAACGCGGUCCUCAUCCCUGGCCCCGGAGGCUUCUCGAUGACUCUCAGCCCCGGCAGUAAGGUGAUACGGUGCGAGAACGCGAUCUCGGGACACAUGAUGAUUCCCGUGUCGGACUUCGAGGAGCAGGACAAAGAGAUGAUCAAGUCUUCGACGAAGUGGGUCCUCUACGGAGCGUGCUGCCAGCUGGACAGCAGCGGCGCUGCGUACCACUACGAGCACUAUCGCUACACGGUCAAUCUUGAAGACGACAGCCGCCGCCGCCGGCUCUUCGAGACCGUCUUCGGCAGCUACCUCCUUUACUGCACCGUCGAGCGUUUCUAUUGUUCCUACGAGCGCUUCGCCGCGAGGCCUCCUGGAGCCGGAGAUCACAACCUCUAUCAUGUCAGGGAAAUUUUCAGUGGCUCCUGCAAGUUCACCGAGAAGAACAAGGCCGCCGGCAUGCAUACUAGAUCACCAGUCGACCUGACGACGAAGUGGAAUCUCCUGUGGCGGACUCACCAGCUUGAGUUACUCCGACAAGUUCGAGAGGAACCAGCUCAGGCCAUGUGGCUAGACCCUCCAGGCGCGGCCACGGGCACUGGCAGCGCCAAGGACCACGAGCUGGCUAGGUACGUCACCGAGCUCGUCCGCACUCAGCUGGACAGUGGCCUCCACGUCGUCAUCGUCACGACUGCCAGCAGCCACUUCUGGAAGCAUGCAGAGCUUCAACCACUGCUCACAUACGAGCGCCUCAAGCAUUGGAAGUAUUCCUGGUGUGGUUUGGGCGCUGUCGACCCUUUGACGGGCCGACCCUGGCAUCGACUUCGACGAGUCCUAUCUACCAUCGACUUACCUCACCUCUGUCUUGGCUGGCCUGUUGGCAGCUAUCGAGCACAAUGCUGCCAACUAGCUCAUCUGCACCAAGCCACGAGGAAGCGCUUUCAGUCCUCCAACGCCCUGGACCGCAACAAGGCAUCCAGGGAGUACCCCGAGCGAGUGAUCAUGGCAGCUCGCCUCGACCUGAUGAAGUUCCUGCAACUGAGGAGCGAAGAGAGCGAGAAGUACAACCAGAGUGUGGUCACCAAGACCAAGAAGCGGGCCAAACCGACGCUCGUACUACCAGACGAGUGCUCGGGGGACUGCGGCGACGACUUCACCCCACUCCUGAUGAAAGACAAGCACGGCGAGUUCUCUCAGGAGCGGCACGCCGAGCGCGUCGCAGCCGUCGCCAGCUUCACCGUCAUGCGCGCCACUCAGGCUGACGAGAUCUACUACAUUGACGACGAAAUCGACGACCCGGCGGGCACCAAGUGCUACCAUGAGGACAGCCUCCGCGACUUCGAGCACUACCUCGUCGAGACGACCAUCGCCACUAUGGAAAUCUACGGCGGCGAGGCGGGCACUACCAGGUCCAGUGCGCGCUUGGGCCUGAGGGGCGGCCAGAAAGAAGAUGUGCGACAGCUGUGGUACUACAUCAUUAAAUGUCGCCCACGCGUCAUCGUCAUGGCCCCGCCGUGCACCGCCUUCAGCCCGUGGUCACAGGUGCGCCGACAUCGACCCCGCAGCCAGAACACCUGGCACCGCAACCGCGCCAUCGGCGAGAAGCUCGCCAGGUUGGCUGCGCAAGUUGCUGAGCACCGGGCCUCCCAGGGCUCCCUCUUCAUAGUGAAAAAUUCAUAUGCGAGCGAGAUGUGGAAGCUACCAUACUGGGAGGCAUUACUUGGACGAGAUGACGUCCACAGCAUCAAGAUUCAGAUGUGUGCAGAUGGGCUUUCCGACCCCUUCGACGAACACAGAGUGCGGCUUAUCAGGAAGGAUACGCUCAUCGACGCGAACCGCCCAGAGAUCAUUCGACCUCUUCGGAUACUGCGCUGCCCUGGAGCUUCGCCACAGCAUGUUCAUCAGAUCAAUGAGAACGGCCGCUCGCCCUACACCCAGGUUUGGCCGAAGCGAUUAUGCCAACUGCUCGCCAGAGGUAUCAAGUGCGCCUUCGACAUGCAGCCAGUUGAGGCGCACCCUACGGCUGAGGAGUUGGCGGUCGCAGGUUGUUUGGCAUACAGACGAAGGCAGCGCAAGGAUGACCCUACUCACACCAGGGUCGUCGGCGAGUGCCUCUAUCCAGACAUCCCAGCAGCGGCCGCUCGCAGUGUUUGGAAUCGACGUUUUACUUGCCCGUCCUGUAAGGUCAAGGCCAACCGCUGGGGUCCUCGCCACACCUUCAAGGGCAACGAGUGCAGGUGGAGUUCCAAGCAGAUCGAAGAACGUGAGAAGGCAGCUCCCCGAGUACCUGCUGGCGAUGUCACCGAGCCGAAGAGCAGCGAGAGGGCCGAGCCGCCUCCGCG